AUGUGGCCUAUUAAAAAUGAAGGGUCAAAGAAUUGCCUGGAUGUUGGCGAGAACAAUCACGGAGGGAAGCCGCUGAUCAUGUACCCUUUCCAUGGGAUGGGAGGCAAUCAGUAUUUUGAAUACACGUCCCAGAAGGACCUGCGGCACAAUAUCGGCAAGCAGCUCUGCCUCCGAUCCGGCUUUGGGCCGGUGGAGCUGGGAGACUGUCACUUCACAGGAAAGAACUCGCGUGUUCCAGGAAAUGAAGAAUGGGAGCUGACCCACGAUCGUCUGAUUAAAAUCAUAGCCUCUAACAUGUGUUUAUCUGCAAGAGAUGAGCAUCCAUCUAUGACUUCCUGUAACCCCUCAGAUUCUUACCAACAGUGGUUCUUUACCCAAGCAACAUAGUGAAGACAAAACCAGUGUCAGCAAGAAAUGUGCCAGCCCAUCUCACUUUGAGACCUUGAUUCCAAACUGCACUCAGGAAAACAGAAGCUAAGACUCUCUCCUUUUAUUUAAAAGAAGCUAACGUCUUAAAUAUGCUGCAUUUCACAGUUGCCUUUAAUUCUACUCUGUGCCUUUGGGAUAAGACUGUGUAAUACGUGGAGAUUGUUGUACCACUUUUUCUAAGAGACUAAGCAAACUUCUUGUUUGCAGAUUACGUGAGUGUCAUAUUGUAACAUAUCCAAAGAUAAAUAACAUGGGACCAACUACAUCGAUAA